AUGUUGAAGUUAGACUCUCCUUUGUUCUUAUCGUUUUUGUUUUGUUUGAAAAUAUUAUUACCGCCAAAUUUGGCCUACCACGAUUUCAACUUAUAUGAAAUCACAACUGGAACCGAAGAAUACUUUGAUUGUUUAUACCUAAUUGAACCCGACCGCAUUAUUCCAUAUUGUAUUCGUCAAUCGCCAAGUGAUCAUGUAUCACCAUCUUAUGAUCAAUUCAAUGGACUGUAUACAUCUCAACAGUUACGUGCCCUUGGUGUGACAACAAUUGAUCUAUAUGAUUGGUCAGUUCCAAUUGCUAUGAUUGAAACAUACCAACUUAGCCAGCGUGACGAUGAACUAUUGUAUUAUAAUUGUACGCCACCGUGGUUCGGUUCUCUUUGUCAAUACACGUUUAAUUCUACAACUUCACAGUUUUUCAACGAUGUUAUGUAUUAUAGAGAAGCGAUGAAAACGAAUUUUAACCCAGCAGAUGUUAUUCGAAUAACAAACGGUACAUGUUUUGUCUAUUUGAAAAAUUGUUCAGAAACAUGUUUAGAUUGGCGAGAAAUAUGCGAUGGAAAAUUUGAUUGCAUUUCCGGUGAAGAUGAAUAUGGAUGUCAUCUUUUAGAAUCAAGUGAUUGUGGUGAUCAAGAUAACUUCCGUUGUCAGAACGGUCAACACUGUAUACCAAAGACAUUGUUUCAUAAUGAUGCAACAACACCAGAUUGUCUAGAUGGAUCAGACGAAUUAACAACAGCCACUCGAUGUCCCUUUUUUGACCAUGCCCAGUGCGACAUUCAAUAUUGUUUUAGUAGUAGUAAAGUUUUGUUUCCCUGUGGUGAUGGGCAGUGUUCACCGCAUUAUCCACCAACACCAAUAUCAGUUUGCAAGAAUGGGCGUGAUCUUUUGCUGACACAGCAGAUGUUAGCUCAAUAUCAAAGACAAAACCAGCGACAGUGUUGGAAUGCCCUUCUUUGUACAUUAGGAUUUAAAAAUGAUUGUGUUCUUGAGGAGUGUACAACUCCCAUUCUUUUCCCAAUAUCAAAUUCCGUUCAGUUUAUUUAUAAUUCAACAACUACAAUUUCUCCUACUUACAUAUGCUACGAUGAACGAUAUUGUUCAUUCUCGAACUCUAGCACAGUUCAGAUUCAUGAAUUAACAUGUAAACAUUUCGACGAAUUAAUCAUUAAUACAUACACAAAUUGGGAUGAUUUAAUGGUCGAUGUUCAACAUCUAUUUCGUCAACAAUGUCGAAUACAUACAAAUUGUUCAGCACAUCUAUUCCAUUGUGGAGAAUCAAAAUGUAUUUCAAAAUAUCGUGUUCAUGAUGGUAUAAUUGAUUGCUAUAACGGUCAGGAUGAAAAUUAUGAUCACAGUUGUUCAUUGAACAUGUCACACCAACAAUUUAGAUGUACAUCCGGAAAAGAAGAGAGAUGCCUAUCGUUGAUACUUGCUGAAGAUAAAACAGUCGAUUGUUCGAAUAUGGAAGACGAAGCUCGUAAGCCCAAAACGAACGAAUUUCUAUUUCAACAAAUAUGUAACGGAUCAAUUGAGUUGCAGGAUGGAAAUGAAACAGAUGAAACAGAUUGUCCAGAAGACUGGCCUUGUCGAACGCAGUAUACGAUGUGUGAUUGGCACUGGGAUUGCUUGAAUGGUGAAGAUGAGAUAAAUUGCACUACUUAUUACAAUGAAUGGAAUACAAACCUCAAACCAUUUAGCACAAAAUGUAAUGUGAAUCAACAUUAUUGUGUGCAACCAUACACCGGUGAAUAUGGAUGCUUGUCAUCAAUUGAUAAAGUUAAUAAUGGUGUGAUAGACUGUUUGGGAUCUACAGAUGAGCGACAGUAUUGUAUAGGCCUAUAUCCAAACGAGCUUGAACGACGUUAUCAUUGUUGGAAUUCAACACAGUGUAUAAAUAUUCAACAGGUCUGUGAUUGUCACAGAGAUUGUUUACCUGAUGGUGAUGAUGAAUUAGUUUGUCCAUGGAUGAAAUGUGCUAAUCCUGAAGAAACAAGUUUUGAAUGUAUCAGUGGUACAUUGAUUGAACCAGCUCUACGCUGUGAUACACAGCUGUCAUGUUCAUCGAACGAAGAAAGAAUACUUUGUGAUCUGAGAAGUCAGGCAAGAAGAAAACAGAAACGAUUUGAAACAGAAGUUUUUCUCGAAUAUCCUCAAUCAUCAUCGUUGUUGAAACAAAUACAAAUAAAAGACGAUUAUACAAUGAUACGCAUCAGUCCUCCAGUUUUACCUCCAGUUUUACCUCCAGUUUUACCACCACCACUUUUUGGUAACAUUACACUGGCAUGGUACUGUAAUCGUGGGCUAUUGAUUCAUUCAAAGUCAGAUGGUGACCGUUGUUUAUGUCCAACAGCAUAUUAUGGCAAUCGUUGUCAAUACCAAUCUAGACAUUUAACUGUGACAUUUCGUCUUCGUAUAAUCACGAUAUUUGACCCGAAUCUUUUUUUCAAAUUAUUUGUCUAUUUAAUCAAUACUACCACUCAUAUGGUCGCAUCCUAUGAACAAACGACGUAUAUGCCACAAACUAGUGAUUGUACGGUAAACUAUUUUAUGCAAUUUCUGUAUCCUGAAAUACAAGGAAACAGCAGCAGCAAAUAUUCCAUUCGAAUUGACGUUUACACUACACAUGUGCUGAAUUAUAUAACUGCAUAUCGAACAAGCUGGAUGUUUGAUGACGUAGUGAAAUUUCCAUUGUUACCAAUCAAUAGACUUGUUCUGGACUUAAUAAUGCCGGCUAAUACUCUGACCAAGCAGAAAGAGUGUUUAGCAUUUAGAUGUGAAAAUGGUGAACAUGCUAUCAGUCAGAAAAAACGCAACUUUUCUUUUGCCGAUGCACAGACGGUUGGUCAGGUAAACGGUGUCAGCUUCGGUAUGAGUGUCAGUGUUCUGCGGGUUCAAUAUGCUUAG